GACCACUCGAGGACACAAUUUAGUCAGAGCACCUCUCAAUCUCUCCCUCCUACUCUCCUUCACCACCCUUAGACAUAUCAUAGACACAAUCAAAAUGUCCUCGCCCAACGGCAAGGUCUUCUCCAUCCUCGGAAAGAACAUCAAGGCAAACUCCAAGGCCGACCUCGAGCCCUUCCUCACCGAGCUCGCAGAACUCGCCGAUGUCGAGGAGGUCCACUUUGGUGGCAACUCGCUGGGUGUUGAGGCCUGUGAGGCCAUUGCCGAGGUCCUCAAGGACAAGAAGGGUCUGAAGAUCGUCGACCUCGCCGACAUCUUCACUGGCCGCCUCAUCUCCGAGAUCCCCCAGGCACUCUCGGCGCUCUGCAACGCCCUCAUCGACCACAAGGACCUUGUCGUCCUCGACCUCUCGGACAAUGCGUUCGGCGGCCGCUGCGCCGACGCCAUGGUUCCCUUCCUCUCGCAGAACCACUACUUCAACGGCAUCAAGCUCAACAACACUGGUCUCGGCGUGUGGGGCGGCACUGUUGUCGCCGAUGCCCUCCUCAAGAACGCCAAGGACGGCGAGGCCAAGGGCCUGAAGAGCGCUCUCCGUGUCGUUGUCUGUGGCCGCUCGCGUCUCGAGAACGGUUCGGCCCCUCACUGGGCCGCUGCGUUCGCCGCCCACGGCGGCCUCGUCGAGGUCCGCAUGCCCCAGAACGGUAUCCGCAUGGAGGGCAUCGAGCAGAUCGCCCAGGGACUGUCCAAGAACCCCAACCUUGAGAUCCUCGACCUCCAGGACAACACUGCCACGCGCUCGGGAACCCGCGCGAUCGUCAAGGUCCUCCCUCAGUGGCCCGGCCUCCGCUCCCUCAACCUCUCCGACUGCCUGCUCGGCAAGGCCGGAGGUAUCGCGCUCGCUACUGCGCUCCAGAACGGCUCCAACCCCAAGCUUGAGAGCCUCAAGCUCCAGUACGGCGAGUUCGACAAGCGCACGUUUGAGAUCCUCGCCGUCGCCAUCUCGCAGCACCUCAAGGACCUCAAGGAGCUCGAGCUGAACGGCAACCAGGCCGACCCUGAUGACGAGUGCAUCGAGGAGGUGCGCAAGGCCCUCGCUCUCCACGGCAACGAGGAUGCCCUUGACGACUUGGACGACAUGGAGGAGCCCGAGUCGGGCGACGAGGACGAGUCGGAGGAGGAGGAAGAGGAGGCCGAGGCCGAGGACACGCCCGAGGCCCAGGCCGGGGAGGACGACGGUGUCGCCGCUGGCGUUUCGGACGGCGGUGCGCUCAAGGCGGACACUGACGCGGAUGACCUCGCCGACGUCCUUGCUGGCGUCAAAAUCACCAACAAGUAAUGACCGCCCCUUUCAUCUGGGCACGCGACCCAGGCAUUUUCCGCGUCGUGCAUGAUCAGGCGAGAUGUAGAUAGGCAGAAGCACAGCAUGUUAUGAUCUUUUAAUCGGG